UCACUCACAAAAUAUCCCUUGAAGACUCUCUCUCUCUCUCUAAAAAUGGAGACGAACACAACGAAUGUGUGCCCGCCGCCGAUGAAGCCAACGUCAAAUGGUUCAUGGCAAGGCGAUAAUCCACUGGAUUAUUCACUGCCGUUAGUGAUCAUACAGAUCUGUUUGGUGGUCGUUUUAACAAGGACGUUGGCUUUCUUCUUAAAGCCUUUUAGGCAGCCCAGAGUCAUUGCUGAGAUCAUUGGCGGGAUACUGCUGGGCCCAUCAGCACUAGGCCGCAGCGAGCGGUUCCUACACACGGUCUUCCCGACCCGCAGCCUGACUGUGCUGGACACCCUCGCCAACAUCGGCCUUCUCUUCUUCCUCUUCCUCGUCGGCCUCGAGCUCGACAUCCACGCCAUCCGCCGGACUGGUAAGAAGGCCCUCGGCAUCGCUGUCGCCGGCAUCACCCUCCCCUUCGUAAUGGGCAUCGGCACCUCCGUUGUCCUCCGUCGUACCAUCUCCAAAGGCGUCAACGCCGGCCCUUUCCUAGUCUUCAUGGGCGUCGCGCUCUCCAUCACUGCAUUCCCAGUCCUUGCCCGCAUCCUCGCCGAGCUCAAGCUCCUCACCACCGACGUCGGCCGGAUGGCCAUGUCCGCAGCUGCUAUCAAUGACGUUGCGGCAUGGAUCCUCCUCGCCCUCGCCAUCGCCCUCUCGGGCACCCACAGCUCUCCUCUAGUCUCCUUAUGGGUACUCCUCACUGGCCUUGCGUUCGUUGCAUUCGCCAUCUUUAUCAUUCGCCCAGCACUAGAAUUCAUGGCAAGACGAUCGCCGGAUGGGGAACCCAUCAAGGAGGUCUACAUAUGCGCAACGCUGUCGGUCGUGCUCGCCGCUAGCUUCGUCACUGACACGAUUGGCAUCCAUGCUCUCUUCGGUGCAUUCAUUGUCGGGAUCAUGGUGCCCAAGGACGGGCCGUUUGCGGGAAUUCUGAUAGAGAAGAUCGAAGAUCUUGUUUCGGGCCUCUUCCUGCCGCUCUACUUCGUCUCAAGCGGUCUGAAGACUAAUAUAACAACCAUAAGUGGGGUCCAGUCGUGGGGGUUGCUGGUGCUUGUCAUAUCGACGGCUUGUUUUGGGAAGAUCGUUGGGACAGUGCUGGUGUCAUUGGCAUUCAAGGUGCCGUACAGGGAGGCGCUUGCGCUAGGUUUUCUCAUGAAUUCCAAAGGGCUUGUGGAGCUUAUCGUUCUCAAUAUCGGCAAGGACCGAAAAGUGUUGAAUGACCAGGCAUUUGCUAUCUUAGUCCUGAUGGCGCUCUUCACCACAUUCAUCACCACACCCAUUGUAACGGCCUUAUACAAGCCAGCGAGGCGCACCUCUCCCUACCACCACCGCACCAUCCAGCAAAACAACCCCGACACGGAACUUCGGAUCCUGGCCUGCUUCCACAGCACUCGCAACAUCCCCACCAUCAUCAAUCUCCUCGAGUCAUCUCGCGGAACCCGACACCACAGCAUCAUCAUCUACGCAAUGCACCUCAUGGAGCUCUCCGAGCGCUCCUCCGCCAUCUCCAUAGUCCACAAAACCCGCCGCAACGGCCUCCCUUUCUGGAACAAGGAGCGUCCCAACACCAACCACAUGGUCAUCGGCUUCGAUACCUACCAGCAGCUCAGUCACGUUACCAUCCGCCCCAUGACUGCCAUCUCCCACCUCUCCUCUAUCCAUGAGGACAUCUGCACCAGUGCUGAACAGAAGCGAGCCGCCAUCAUCCUCCUCCCAUUCCAUAAGCACCAACGCCUCGACGGAACCAUGGAAUCCCUCAGACAUGACUUUCACCAUGUUAACCAGAAUGUUCUACACCACGCCCCAUGCUCUGUCGGGAUUCUCAUUGACCGUGGCCUAGGCGGCACCACCCAGAUUUCUGCCAGUGAUGUCUCCUUCAAUGUAGUCGCCCUCUUCUUCGGUGGUCGUGACGAUCAUGAGGUCCUCGCCUAUGGAGCCCGCAUCGCCGAACACCCGGGGAUCCAGCUCACCGUCCUCAGAUUUGUGGCUGAGGCUGGGAAGUCACUGAUGGGCAGCAACGAUGAUAACAUCAGCAUUAACAUAGAAGCAGACGAGAGAAUGGCAGACGAGGAGUGUAUUUUAAAGUUCCUGACCACUGCAGGGAAUGAAUCGAUAUCUUAUGAGGAGAAGGAAGUAGGAAGUAAGGAAGACAUUGUAGCGAUUCUUGAGACAAUGAACCGGUACAAUCUCUUCCUGGUGGGAAGGAUUCCACAUGUCGCUCCCCUAACAGACAGGACUGACUGUCCUGAACUAGGUCCGGUUGGGUGUUUCCUUGCGUCGUCGGAGUUCUCUACAAUGGCGUCCGUGUUGGUGCUUCAGCAAUAUGUCCCGACUACAAAACUUUCGCCACAGGUUGAUGUCUGAAAAAAUCAGAUUUAAGAAAUGUAGAGUAGAUGAGAUUCGUGUAUUAUUUAAUAAGUGAUGUAGUAAAUUGAAUAAAAAUGUAAGUAGGUUAAUUACUGGGCGUAGCCCAUUUUAAGCCCAAUGGG